AUGGGUCAGGCAUUUCGUCGAGCAUCUGGCAGAAUCCGAGUUCCCGAUCCGUCCCCGAAGGUAGUUGUCGAUCGCAGACCGCCGGAGAGUGCCGCCGAGAAAGUUGUGGAGGUCUCAAGAAGGACUACCUCAAAACUCGAUAAUCAGGAUACACUUGGCGCUGCUGAUAAUCCUAGUUUUGAUAAUGAAAAUCCCCUUGAAGAAAAGGAUCCACAGUUCGAUGCAAUGCUCAAUCAAAUGGUUGGAAGAAUCAAAACGAAGCCAGGAGGGAAACCCGAGAUGGGUGAGGCAUCUAUAGUACAAAGCCCUAACAAGCCCCUACCAAAGCUACGGAACACAACUCCCGAUGCUGCCAGUAAAUAUGAGGAAAGAGCUGUUCCCCCAGGAACCCUGAAUGUGGCACAACUGCGCCACAUUCUCAAACUGCAGGCGGGCAAGGGUGAAGGAGACAACCUCAAGGCUCCCGUGGAUGCCCACCAAAUCGCUCAACAGUUCCGCCUUGAAGUCGAACAGGUUAAGAAAUUCUUGCAGUUUGUAUCACUUCCAGCAGAGGACAGCAUGAAGAAGGAGAAGGACGUUGAAUGA